AUGGUCGCGCUAUUCACUGUAGGCGUAGCAGCAAUCAGCUGUUCCCAGCUUCACCACUCUUGCACCCACCACCCUCCCCUCCCUUUCCCUCCUCUCCUCCUCUAUAUCUGUGUCACAUUCUCCCUCUCCUCCUUCCUUCAGCUUCAAAGGAGCACCGUCGAUGCGUCGCCGGAGGCCACUGUCGGGGGAGGUGCAACCAGCAACGACCUCUCCGUUUUCGCCGGAGGCGGCCCUAAGUUCGAGGACUUCCUGGGCGGCUCCUCCGUUACGUCGGUCACAUCUGCAGUACCCACGCCGCCUGCUUCUCAGUUCUCCGCCGACAACGUAUUCGGUUCUGAGCUCAAAACCAUAACCGCCGGGUUCCUCCCCGGCUUGGCCGCCGCUGAACGAGCUGAGCCGCAAAAACAGGCGCUGGCUCUAACCGUGCCGUCCUCUAAGAAGACUGCGGACACCUUCGGCCAACGCACCUCCAUCUACCGCGGCGUCACCCGGCAUAGAUGGACGGGAAGAUACGAAGCACAUCUAUGGGAUAAUAGUUGCAGAAGAGAAGGUCAAAGCAGGAAAGGAAGGCAAGUUUAUUUGGGUGGCUACGAUAAGGAAGAGAAAGCAGCCAGGGCUUAUGAUCUUGCCGCUCUCAAAUAUUGGGGUCCGACCACCACCACCAACUUUCCAAUUUCCAACUAUGAGAAGGAACUGGAAGAGAUGAAGAAAAUGACAAGACAGGAAUUUGUUGCUUCGCUACGAAGGAAGAGUAGUGGUUUUUCUAGAGGAGCAUCAAUAUACAGAGGAGUGACAAGGCACCACCAGCAUGGGCGAUGGCAAGCAAGAAUCGGCAGAGUUGCCGGAAAUAAAGACCUUUAUCUCGGCACUUUUAGUACUCAAGAAGAAGCUGCUGAAGCAUACGAUAUAGCAGCCAUAAAAUUUAGAGGGCUGAGUGCAGUGACCAACUUUGACAUGAGCCGAUACGACGUCAAGAGCAUAGCCAACAGCAGUCUUCCAGUUGGAGGAUUCUCAUCCAAACCCAAGAACUCAUCAGAUUCUUCUGCAUCAGACAGCAAAAGCAACGAUGGAGGUAGUCGAUCGACAGAUAACAUCGACCGGGAUCCAUCCUCCACCUCAUCGGCAACCUUUGCCUCCCAACCCUCGACCUCCAACCUCAGCUUCGCCGUACCCAUCAUCAAACAAGAUCCGACCACUGAUUACUGGUCCAACAUCUUCGGUUACCAGAACCCUUCAUCUUUCAAAAACAUUCCAAACGGUGUUACCAUGGCCUCUCCUUUGCAAAACUACAACAAUAAUAGCAGCUCACCGGUACCGUUCAGCUUGGAGUUGCAGAGAAAUAACAAUGCAUUUAUGAAUGAGGGUGUGGUUGUUCAGAACAUUCAUCAGCAACAAAGUGGAAGCAGCAAUAAUAAUAACAGCAGUAGUAGUGCUGGAACAGUGCAUUCGAGUUCAAGUUCAGGGAUCCCAUUGGCCACGCCCAUAGGUUUAAAUAGUAAUGGUGGUUAUGAGAGUUCUUCUGAAUAUGGAAACUGGAGCAUAGGGCCUGGUGGGUUGCACACAUUCCAAACACAUGCAAAAGGAAGUCUCUAUCAAACGCCAAUAUUUGGGAUGGAAUGAAAAUGAAUGAGAUCGAAGAAAGGGGAUGAGAAUCUGUGCAUAAUGAUGAAAGGGAAGUAGCAAGUGGGUGGUGUUUUUAAUAAUUCUCCAGACCCCAAAGCUUUGCUCCUGACACGGUGUACUACUAACUCCAAAAGAAAGUUGUUUUUGCUUAGGCUUAGAUUUUUCUUUUCUUCUUUCGUUUUCGCCCUUCUGCUCAUUGUCCUCCUUGUUCACUCACAUAACUUAGCUGGGGAUGAUGGGAAAGGAAUGUUUUUUUUUAAUGUAAUCCUUGGAUCUCUCUCGCUGUAUUUUGCUUCUUGAAAGAUAAAACGUUGUUGUCUUGUAAUCUUGUC